AUGAACAGCAUCCAAGGUUCGAAGGUUUUACCAGCUAAAGAGGGAAGAAAUGAGAAAGAGAGUGGAAAGCGUGAGCCAGGGUGGAGAGCCACAGCGGCAGAAGGGGAAAGAGAAAAGGAAUUAAGUGGAGAAGGCCACACUGCUGCUGGAGCUGCAGGCCUGGUAGAUGACGACAUGAACCAGGAAGAUGGUGGAGCUGGAGGAGGCCAGGAGAGUGAGCAGCAACCAAAGGAGCUGAUUCCUGAGGGUAUGGAGGGUGAGAGAGUACAGUCUGUGCCAAGGCCAGUGCCUCGACGUCGCCUACGCCAUAGAUUCACCCAGUGGCAGCUGGAGGAACUGGAGCGUAUUUUCCAGACCAAUUACUUCAUCAGCAUAGAAGCAAGAAAACAAUUAGCCAGAUGGAUGGGUGUGAGUGAAGCCACAGUGAAGAGAUGGUUUCGGAAGAGGAGAGAACAAUACAGGAGAUAUAAGAGGCUAUAAACACUCAGGGGUUCUCCUCCUGCUUCCCAGAACAUCUUUCUCUGAAGAU